AUGGGGAUCCCAGCGGGUCAGGCAGGACAGACAACCACUUGCGUGGUGCUUUCCAGGAGGUCCCUCUCAGCGAUUCGCCACGGGGUUGUGGUGGGGAUAGCUGGCGGGCUGCUGCUGCGGUUAGCGGAGCCGACUGCCGAGCAGAUAGAUCUGCUGGGCUUCGCUGGGGAGCUCAUGCUGCGGCUGCUCAAGAUGCUAGUGCUCCCGCUGGUGGCUGGCUCCAUGGUGGCUGGCGUGUGUGCACUGAGGGGGUCCACAUCGAGCAUGGCCAGGGUGGCGCGAUACACACUGCUCUACUACGCGGCCUCCACGGCUGUGGCAGUCGCGCUGGGCAUUGUCCUUGUCAAUGUUAUUGAUCCGGGGAGGAGCGGCUCUCUCUCCUCCGACGCAGCGGCAGCGCAGAGCGUGGCGCCAAACGAGAGCUCACCGCUGCAGGCCUUGCUGGUGGUGGCCAGGAGCGCGGUGCCCGACAACGUGGUGGCGGCGGCUGUGAACAUGAACAUUCUGGGCAUCAUCACAUUCUCGCUCUUCUUCGGCCUCUGCCUGUCCCAGCUGGGCGAGCAGGCGGAUGGCCUCAUCAGCCUCGUCAACGCGUUCAAUGCAGUGAUCAGCCGCAUGGUGAGCGCGGUGCUGUGGACGAGUCCGCUGGGGAUCGCCAGCCUGAUAGCGGCCGCCAUCUGCCGGGCAUGCUCGCUGAUGGGCACGCUUGGCGCGCUGGCCGCCUGGCUGGCGACGGUGCUGUCGGGCCUCGCGCUGUUUGGAGCCCUCAUCCUGCCGGGCGCGUUCUGGGCGCUCUCGCGCAAGCGACCCACCUCUGUCGUUGCCGGCUUCUCGCGCGCUCUCGUGCUUGCCUUCGGCACUUCCUCCAGCAGCGCUGCUCUUCCUGUGGCGAUGGACUGCGCAAAGGAGAUGGGUUGUGAGGAGAGCAUAGUUCGCUUUGUGAUGCCGCUGGGCACCACGGUUAACAUGAAUGGCACCGCCCUCUAUGAGGCAACCACUGUCAUCUUCCUGGCUCAGGCGCAUGGAGUUGCACUGGGCUUGGGUGGCACAAUUGUUGUGGCAGUCACGGCUACGCUGGCUGCUAUUGGGGCGGCCGCAAUUCCCUCGGCGGGCCUUGUCACCAUGCUGAUGGUCUUGCAGGCUGUGUCUCUGGAUCGUUUUGCUGCGGAUCUGGCAGUAAUUCUGGCGCUCGAUUGGCUGUUGGACCGGUGUCGGACUGCAGUCAAUCUUCUGGGUGACGCAUUUGGUGUCGUGCUGAUUGACCACCUGACCAGGCAUCAGAACGCCCCUGGGGAUGGACACUCGCAGCCCUACUCCCAACUGGAGCUGACAUAAUUGGAACAUUAAAGUACUAAGUUUUGCACGGUUGGGAUAAAAUGCGAUUUUUCUAUUGAUGAAAGAGGUAUGCAGGCAUGGCUGCAUACUAACAGUGGAAGACCAAACGAUGUUUGUACUUUC